GCCGGUUGCCUUUGGCGUCCCCCCACGUUGGGACUGGAGGUUCAGGAGAGUGGGACUGUGUUGGCUCCCACUAUUCUCGUGAAGGCAGUGCGUGGCAAAGGUGCACUUGCAGCUGGCGUGCAGGUUGGCGACGAGGUCUUGACCAUCGGACAGGUUCCUGUGGUCGAUCUCCUGUCCAUGCGGGAGGCUUUGAGCGACCUGGGCGACUCUCGAACAGGAGACCCUCCGCUGUCUGUGACGCUGAGGCGAGCCGGGAAGGUGCUGGAGGUGAAAAUGGAG